AUGUCGGGUGUUUUACUCCUCCCCUUCGCCAUCUCCAAGUCCGUCGCCACAGUGAGCACGGGCAUUUAUCUGAAGAAAACCUGUCGGUACAACGACUGCAUCCGCGUCGGCUUUAUCCUGCUAGUCCUGGGCAUGGGCCUCUUCUACGAUCUGCCCAAUGGCAAAAUAUGGUCGAAUAUUAUCAUCUACCAGCUAAUUUCUGGUUUCGGUGUCGGUCUCAUCUUUCAGCCGCCUUUGAUUGCCCUGCAGAGUCAUGUCCCUGCGCAGUAUAACGCCGCAGCCACGGCUUCGUUUGGUCUCGUCUGUAACGUUGCCAGUGCUAUUGGUGUUGUUAUUGGUUCGGUUGUCUUUUCGAAUAGAAUGAACGCUCAGCAAGACCCUCUCCGGGCGCUGUUGGGGCCUACAACUGCAGAUCUCUUUUCUGGGAGUAACGCCCAGGCUAAUGUGCCAUUGAUUGAAAAUCUGAACGACAACCAGAAAGACGCCGUGCGAAGAGCAUUCUGGGUCUCGUUGCGGGAUAUUUGGGUCGUUGGCGUGGCUUUUGCUGCUGCUGGAUUAGUGGUUUGUUUCUUUAUCGGGGAUAAAAAGUUGGAUAAAACUCAUGUGGAGGUGAAGGUUGGAUUGGAGGGUGAGGAGAAAAGAAGGAAAAUCACGGAUCAGCAGAGGAAAAGGGCUGCUGAGGGUAAUUAUGCUUAG